UCACCCCAGUUGAAGAAAAGUGCAAAAUUUUAUCGAAUUGAACCCUGACACAUGAAAACCCUAAACCAUUAAUUAGAAUAAAGACAGGCCGAAAAUUCGAGUUUUUUUUGUUACAUCUGCAUUCGAAGCAACUUCUGAUAAUCUCACGAACUGCAGCACAGAAAAUGAGUCGUUAUGAUAGCCGCUCCGGCGAUCCCUCCUCCUACCGUGACCGCAGAAGUGGCUCAGGGUUUGGUGGGGCUUCAGCAUACGGUGGUUCGGUGCGGCCCUUGUCCAGCAGAAGGGACUAUGAUGCUGCUGAACCACCUAGGAAGUUGGAUUUGGAUGGUUUGACUCCUUUCGAAAAGAAUUUUUAUGUUGAAUCCCCUUCGGUGGCAGCAAUGUCAGAGACAGAGGUGGAGGAAUAUAGGAAGCGGAGAGAAAUUACAGUUGAAGGUCGUGAUGUUCCAAAGCCUGUGAAGAGUUUUGCAGAUGUGGGAUUUCCGGACUAUGUGUUGCAAGAGAUUACAAAAGCAGGGUUUGUUGAACCAACAGCCAUCCAAUCUCAAGGCUGGCCAAUGGCUUUGAAGGGCCGUGAUCUCAUUGGCAUUGCUGAAACUGGAUCGGGGAAGACACUUGCCUAUUUAUUGCCUGCAAUUGUUCAUGUAAACGCACAGCCAAUUUUAGCUCCUGGAGAUGGUCCAAUUGUAUUAGUAUUAGCUCCAACACGUGAACUUGCGGUUCAGAUACAGCAAGAGGCUGCUAAGUUUGGAGCAUCAUCAAGGAUUAAAAAUACAUGCAUAUAUGGCGGGGUUCCAAAGGGACCUCAAGUGCGUGAUCUCCAGAAAGGUGUUGAGAUUGUUAUCGCUACACCAGGAAGGUUGAUAGAUAUGUUGGACUCGCAUCAUACAAAUUUGCGAAGAGUUACUUAUUUAGUCUUGGAUGAGGCAGAUCGGAUGUUAGAUAUGGGGUUUGACCCUCAGAUACGAAAAAUUGUUUCUCAGAUCCGUCCUGAUCGUCAAACUUUAUACUGGAGUGCAACAUGGCCAAAGGAGGUUGAACAAUUGUCAAGGCAGUUUCUUUACAAUCCAUACAAAGUUAUAAUUGGAUCUGCGGAUUUAAAAGCUAACCAUGCGAUUCGUCAACAUGUUGACAUUAUUUCGGAGAGUCAGAAAUAUAACAAACUAGUGAAGCUGCUGGAGGAUAUCAUGGAUGGCAGCAGAAUUUUGAUUUUCAUGGAUACCAAGAAAGGUUGUGACCAAAUCACCAGGCAACUUCGCAUGGAUGGUUGGCCUGCUCUCUCGAUUCAUGGAGAUAAAAGUCAAGCUGAAAGGGAUUGGGUCCUUUCAGAGUUUAAAGCUGGCAAGAGCCCUAUAAUGACUGCAACAGAUGUGGCAGCUCGUGGCUUAGAUGUGAAAGACGUGAAAUAUGUAAUCAAUUAUGACUUCCCGGGAUCUCUUGAGGAUUACGUCCAUCGAAUUGGUCGAACAGGAAGGGCAGGGGCAAAAGGAACUGCCUACAGUUUCUUCACUGCUGCAAAUGCCAGAUUCGCAAAAGACCUUAUUGUCAUACUUAAGGAAGCUGGACAAAAGGUCAGUCCUGAAUUGGCAGCGAUGGGACGUGGAGCACCUCCUCCUCCAUCAGGUUAUGGUGGUUUCCGAGACCGAGGUAAGGGCUAUGGUGGCAGCCGCCCUUGGAACUGAUCAAGGAAAAGUGACCUCCAUAAAGGGGGUCUGAACUGUGUUUGUUAAUUUGUUUUGACUACCGCCUCUGGUUUUUGUGGGUUCAAUUGUCAUUACCUGUAAGACUAUCUGGAAGAACAAGCAUAGAUGUAAACUUGUAAAUCAAUUUUCUAUUUUCUGAUUAUCCAUUUUUCCCCACUAUAUUUGACUUGCCUUUGUUUCCACUUUUAUGAUACCCAAAUCAAA